GCAUACCUUGUUGAGGAACUCAUCCACACGUCCUCAGAUGAUGAGUUUGUGAAGUACAUCCACAACAGCAAUGUGGCUCCUUGCUUCCUUCUGGAUACAAAGGCAGAAGAGAUCGCAGACUUUUUGGCCUUCACUCAACACAUACAGUACAUCAUGACUGGUGGUCAAGUAUACAUAUCUGACUAUCAAGGUAAGCUACUGCUUUUGACAGAUUUGCAGAUCCUCACACAUCCUGAUGUUGCUGAAGGUCGAAGACUCUUCGGUGAGGGGAAUGUGGAGAAAGGGGUGGCGCUGUUUGAGAAUCAACAUAUUUGCAACUUGUUUUGUAGAUGGGAAGGCUUUGGGAUGAAGGCUUUCAGCCAUGGAUCGAAGUCUCUUUGUUCAACCACUUAG